GUGACCUAAGCCUUCCAAAUGCAUCACGAGACACAGUUGUUAUACUUUGAUUGUUGUAUUGUCAGGAGUUGUCGAGCGAGAUUCAUAAGUCCUGGUCAAGCAUUCAGGAAAAAGUGAUUUUCGAAGCUUUUGUAGUAGUCUGUUUCAUGUUCGCUAGCCUACAAGCGUCACGUCACAAACACUUGAGGGAUACGUUUUGGAAAAAGCAAACCAGUCACCGGAUUCAACUACUGUCAUCAUCGCAACUUGGACCAGAUAACGACCGCCACUGCUAGCGAUUUCCUGUUCUCAACGUAGCUAGCUAGUUCGGUGAACGGUUUUGGGUGGUGAAAAACAUCGAACCGUGCAAAAUGACGGUCGCGGAUUCAAACUGGGGUUUGAUCACGAACGUGGUCAACAGCAUCGUUGGAGUGAGCGUGCUGACCAUGCCUUUCUGUUUCAAACAGUGUGGGAUAGUGCUGGGGACUCUGUUGCUGUUCUUCUGUUCGUGGAUGACCCACAAGUCAUGUAUGUUUUUGGUCUACACGGCCAGCAGCACCAAACGCAGGACCUAUGCUGGCCUAGCGUUCCAUGCCUACGGCAAACCAGGCAAAACACUGGUGGAGACUAGUAUGAUAGGUCUGAUGUUGGGGACCUGUAUUGCCUUCUAUGUCGUCAUCGCUGACCUGGGCUCUAAUUUCUUUGCCCAGUUGUUGGGCCUACCGGUGUCAUUUGGUUUCCGUGUGCUGCUGCUGAUGGCGGUGUCUCUGUUCAUUGUACUGCCUCUCAGUCUGCUGAGGAACAUGUCAUCUAUCCAGUCCUUCUCUGCCAUGGCCCUCAUGUUCUACACGUUCUUCAUGUUCACGAUAGUCAUGUCUUCUCUGCGUUACGGCCUGAUCUCAGGCUCCUGGUUCGAGCAUGUUCAUCUGUGGCGGGUCAGGGGCGUCAUACAGUGCCUGCCCAUUAUCUCCACCACCUUCUGCUGUCACCCGCAGGUGUUGCCUACCUACGACAGUCUGGACGAGCCCUCCAUCAAACGCAUGAGCACCAUCUUCACCACCUCCCUCAAUGUCGUCACCACCUUCUACAUCACGGUGGGAUUCUUUGGCUACGUCAGUUUCACGGAGGACAUAGCCGGUAACGUUCUGAUGAACUUCCCUUCUAACCCGGUGACUAAGAUGAUCCGGGUGGGCUUCAUGAUGUCCGUGGCGGUGGGCUUUCCCAUGAUGAUACUGCCCUGUAGACAGGCAAUCAACACCAUGCUGUUCGAACAACAGCAGAAGGAUGGGACGUUUACUGCAGGGGGGUACAUGCCUCCAAUGCGCUUUAAGAUGAUCACCUUCGCCAUCGUCUUCGGAACCAUGCUGGGAGGCAUCCUCAUCCCCAAUGUGGAGACCAUCCUGGGUCUGACUGGAGCCACCAUGGGCUCCCUCAUCUGCUUCAUCUGCCCUGCCCUCAUCUACAGAAAGAUCCAGAAGAAUGGACUCACCGCACAGUUGGUGUUGUGGGUUGGGUUAGGCAUCUUGCUGGUCAGCACCUUCACCACGGUGUCAAUCUCAGCCAGUGACUCCACCCCCAAGCAUGCCCCUCCUCCCCCUGCAGCUGACAAGAGUGCCAUCUUGAGAGUCCUUCCUGACAUGGCUGAUUUACUGAAAGCAGUAGAGAAGCCGGUGGUAGCGAAACAGCCUGAGGUGAAGCCUGUGUUAGUGGAGAGGCAUAAGGCCCCUGCUGCUUUAAAGCCAGUCCAUCCAGUAGAGAGACAGCAGGAACAGGCUGAGCCCCCCCAGAUCAAAGGACCUGAACAAGGAGUUCCAGACAGGAAGGAGGAGGAGGAAGUGCAGCUGGACCGCCCUGAUGCAGGUGUGGCGGUACCUGAAGGGGAGGCCCAUCGGCACGAGCCGCCCAUCCCCCAUGACGAGGUCCAGAUAGAGAAGAGGAAGAAUGACGCAGAGCUGGAGGAGGAGAACCAACCUGCAGCGGGAGGAGAAGAGUCUGAGGGUCAGGGAGUGGCGGACCAGGAAGAGGUGAAGAAUAAAGAGGGAGGAGAGGAGGAGGAGAAACUUCCUUUGUUGGUGAAAAAGGAGGAAGUGGGAGGAGCAGAGGUGCAGUCCAAUGCGGUGCUGGAGAAGCCUGACCCGGGGGCGGGGAAGAAACAGGAAGUCCCACCCCUAGAGCAAGUGGAGAAAAUUGCCCCAAUGCUUGUUGGGAAGGAUGUGGUGGCUGAGCAGGCGCUGGUUGAUGCGGCCAAAGCCCCAGAGGUUGCUGGGAAACGUGAGCCGGCGGCCCCAGUUGCUGAAGCAGUGGUUCCCGUGGCAGCAGAGGGGGCUGCUGUUCCAGAGGUUAAGGAGAGAGGAGUGGAGGACAAGAUGGAUGUGAUAAAAAAGCUGGUUGCAGAGGGUCAGUUGGACCAUGCUGCUCUGCUGCAGCUUAUAAAGGAGCAGCAGGAGCAGCAGAAGAGGCUGUUGGACCAGCAGGAGAAACUACUGGCUGUCAUACAGGAACAGCACCAGGAGAUGCACCCCAGAAAGACCGAUGGAGCUUCAGAGGCCGAUGCAGAUAAGGGGGUCCAGGAGGAGGGGGGCGCAUCCAAACCCAAAGGCCCAGCUCAAGGUGGUCCUGCCCUGGCCUCAGACACCAUGGAGCCUGGGGAGCCCGCUGGAGCUCCACACGCCGGAGGGGCCGAGCCUCACAUCCAGCCCCACAAUGAGGUCCUCCCUGUGGAGAAGAGUGCAGAAGAGCAGGUCUUCAAAGUGGUUGCCUCUGUUAUUGCCAAACAAGAAGUACUUCUGGAGGUCCCUAAACGGCCCGUUUUGGCUGAGGCAGCAAUCGUGGCAGGGGCAGAGGUGGAGGCCCCUAAGGAGAGGGACCUUGGGGCUAGGGGAGUACCGCUGGGUCAGGAGGUGACAGAGGGGAUGAAGGUAGAACCAGCCCAGCUGCCACCUGCCAAAGCUGAGGACGGGGUAGUUAAAGGAGGGUUGGAGGUAGUGGACAAGGCGAAGGAGAGGAUAGAGAAAGAGAGACUGGAGGAAGUGAGGAUUGAUAGAGCGGUGCAGGGGAGGGUGGAGGAGGAACGGUUGGAUAGGGAGAGGAGGGAGAGACUGUCGAGAGAGCAGGAGAUCGAAAACUCCAGAGUAGAGAAGGAGGGAAUAGAGAAUGAGAGGCUGGAAAAGGAACGAGCAGAGAGGGAGAGAGCGGAGCGAGGGAGGAUCCAGUGGGAGAAGAUGGAGAGAGAGGUGAUGGAGAGAGAGGUGAUGGAGAGAGCGGAGAAGGAGAAAAAGGACCAGGAGCAGAAGGAGAAAUUGGCACAGCUGGAGAGCGCCAUCAAGGCCCGGGAGGAGCAGGCUCUGGCUGCAGCUGGGCCAGGACCUGUCAAACCAGGAUUAGGAGAAGAACUAGGGGCUGUGAAGAAGAGUGGACGGGACCUGAAGGAGAGGGCGACCGUCCAGUCAGACUCCAGCGAUGUUGUUGAAGAGAAGACCCACAAAGGCCAGGACCAGGGGGUCCAGGAGAAGGCCAGGGACCAAGGAGACAUGGACCUGAGGAGGAGGAGGAGAGCCCUGGGGGUAGGGGAGGCUGGGGGUUCCAGGAGGGGUGUGCCGGGGCUGGAGCCCUUCUUGGACAUGGGGGGGUGGGAUCUCCAUGCAGCCCUGGAGGCACCGCCACUCGGGGGAGCACUGGUACACACACGGCAGAUAAAACAGACCUCUGAGCUUGAGAGAGACGAGUAACUGGGAGUGUUUAUUUGUUAUUUUACCUUUAUAUAACUAGGCAAGUCAGUUAAGAACAAAUUCUUAUUUUCAAUGACUGACUAGGAACAGUGGGUUAACUGCCUGUUCAGGGGCAGAACGACAGAUUUGUACCUUGUCAGCUCGGGGGUUUGAACUUGCAACCUUCCGGUUACUAGUCCAACACUAACCACUAGGCUACCCGGUAUACACGCACAUGAAUACGGUAUAACAUACACUCACGGACAGUUGGGUUGGACUGUGCAAAUCCCUGUAUUUACACAAACACUCACAUAUAGUUGGGUUAGAAUGUGCACACCCUAUUCUGUCACACACACACACACACACACACACAUAUAGUUGGGUUAGAAUGUGCACACCCUAUUCUGUCUCUCUCACACACACACACACACACACACACACACACACACACACACACACACACACACACACACAUAUAGUUGUGUUAGAAUGUGCACACCCUAUUCUGUCUCUCACACACACACACACACACACACACACACACACACACACACACACACACACACACGUACAGUUGGUAGUUAUUCAGGCGUUCAUACUAUUCACAACACACAUUCUUUCUCUCCCACACAGUCAUGUACCAUGGAUCACACUCUGCCUUACCACCUGUCUUCAUAAUACCUGACCAGUACAGGAGAAUUGUGAGUGUGUGAGGUGCAUUGAUUGUUAUAGGGAACAUUCUGGCUGCAUUUACACAGGCGACCCAAUUCUGAGCUUUUUACCAAUUAUUGGCAAAAGAUCUGAUUGGUCAUAAUACCAUUUAUUGGCUGAAGAUAGAUCAGCAUUGGGCUGCCUGUGUGUCUUCAUUUGACCCUAGUCUGUGUUCUUCUACCAAAUCGGAAUGGUUUGUUUUUAGCAUGCUCCUUCUAUGGUUCCAGAAGACAUUGCAGUUAUAGUGAUGAUAAAGAUAUUGUAGCAAUGAUCUUGUAGACUAUUCUAUAAUAAUAUGCUGUAUUAUGCUGCCAUAAAUCUAUUUAAAAUCUAUUUGUAUGUAAAUAUGAACUUAUUUUUUAAAUUUUAUUAAGAAGCUCAAUGCUCUACUGUAAUGUAUGUUAAGCUAUGCAAUACCACAUGCCAAGUUUCCUUCUGUCCUGUGUUUGAGAGAGCAAUGCACCACCUAUCGGGCUAUCCAAUGACUGUGUUUGAGUCACUUUAAAUCCCUUAAUACUUCUUGGUGAUGUGGAGUUUUCAUUUAGGCUCUGUAGAGAUUACUUGUGGUUGUUUUUGUCACUGUUGUGCUUUUGUUAAGCCCUUUGAAAUGUAUGUUAGUUAUUGUGAGCUGUAAAUAGUGUAUAUGUUAUUUUCUGAACGUAGCUAAAUGUUCUCAUGCUGCUUUUUUUUUUUACAUAAUAUUUUUGGAAACAUUCAUAGUACAUUUAAUUUAGGAUCAAUCGGUUAGCUUCCUUGCUUACAUUUUCCUCUCAAUUUUAAACCAGACUUCCAUUUUGAUGAGUACAAACUGCUACUGUAGUGUUGUAUAGUGUAGCCUUAUUUCUACACUGACUGGUCAAAACAUUAAGAACACCUUCCUAAUAUUGAGUUGCAACAACCCCCUUUUGUCCUCAGAACAGCUUCGACUCUACAAGGUGUCAAAAGCGCCCCAGAGGGAUGCUUCCCACAGUUGUCAAGUUGGCUGGAUGUCCUUUGGGUGGUGGGCCAUUCUUGAUACACACAGGAAACUGUUGAGUGUGAAAAAACCCAGCAGUAUAGGAGUUCUUGACACACUCAAACCGGUGUGCCUGACACCUACUACCAUACCCCAUUCAAAGGCAGAUUAAUCUUUUGUCUUGCCCAUUCACCCUCUGAAUGGCACACACACAAUCCAUGUCUCAAGGCUUAAAAAUCCUUCUUUAACCCGUCUCAUCAUUGAAGUGGAUUUAACAAGUGACAUCAAUAAGGGAUCAUAGCUUUCACCUGGAUUCACCUGGUCAGUUUCUCAUGGAAAAAGCAGGUGUACAUAAUGCUUUGUACACUCAGUGUAAUGUACAAUUCCCAAAUGUUUUACCCACAAAGGAGUUCUGAAUCCAUAACUCUGGUUCUACAUUCCAUGUUCUGGUUCUACUCUCUCCACCUUUCAUACAUGAUGUUUUCCAUGACUUAAAGUAAUGUGGUUAUUUUGUUUAGUCAUGUCCUGUGUGUGUGUUAUAACCUGUGUGUUAUAUCCUGUGUGGGUGCCACUGCUUUGUGCCUUGUAUUGUAACUUGCAGUGAAAUGAAUGGGCCAAAGUGAGUAACUAUUGAGAUGUAAGGUUCCUUAAAAAUGUGCAAAAUA